AUGUCUUUAAAACUAGGUUCUAAGAAAAAUGAUCCCUUCGAGCACCUUUUAAAUCCCCAACCAAAAACUACGGGAUCUUCAGAUUCUUCAAGACCAAGAAGUAGUAGCUUAUUUCUACAAAGAGUAAUCUCUUCUACUUCAUCAAUUCAAAAGACACCAACUACUUCUUCAUCAUCCAAAAAGAAGGUUUCCACUGAAGAGUAUUUAUCUCCAUUCAGAUCAAAUCUAGUAACAAACAAUAAGGCAUAUAUUCAAAAUGAAAAGACUAAAAGGUUCCCCACAGUAUCUGCUACAUCAAACUAUACAAAUAGAACUUCGAAAGAAAUGGGAUUCAAAAAAAUCCCUAAGGAUAAAAACUUUGCUAAAGACAUCUUUUUCCCCUCUUAUUUAACUCAAAAUGAACAAAGACAACAAAUCGAAUUGACCAAAUUAGUAAAACUAGAAAAAGAUUUACAAUACAAAAAAGAUUCUCAAAACAUUAUCGAUCUAACAAAGCAACCAUCUCAAUCUCAAUCUCCAUCUCCACUUGAUGAUUCUGCGAACGCUGAAAAACCACCCCUUGAGAAACCAAUUGAUCCCAAACUAACACCGAUGGUAUCAUUUCAACUCUCCACACCACCUGUAAAUAACAAGAACAAAAAGACCCAAGUGGUUCCAGAAGAAGAAGAAAAAGAAAGAAAUCCAAAAGCAACCCCUAAUUCCAAAGAAGAAAUUGUAAAAACAAAGAAAUUCGGUAUCUUGUCCAAAUCUAUAUAUGACCAACUACAAUAUGAUCAACAACAGCAUGAACAAUAUCUUGCAUCUUACAAGGCUGAGAUGCAAGAGAAAUAUGAUGUCAAAAUGCAAGAGUAUGAAAAUGAAUUGAAAUCAUUGGAUGAGAAGAUUGUCGCAUCAAAUGAACUGAUUGAACAAUGUAAGAAAGACACUGAUGCAAAAUUGGACAUCAUGAAUGCAGAGUUGGUGAAAAGGAUGUUUGAUGAGAGGUCCGUUCAAACUGAUGAUAAGAUGAAGAUCUUUAGCGAGACCAAAUUGAUUAAAAGGGAAAAAAUCGAUGAGAAGAUCAAUGUGGAGGAAUUGGAUGAUCAAGUUGUUGGUGAGAUUGAUCAAUUGAAUAAAGAAAAGGAGAAAGUUUAUGACGAAUUUAAUGAAUGGACUUUCAAUAUGACUAAUAUUGCUGAACAAUUGGAUGCUAAAUUGUUUAAGAUUAAACAAAUUAAUAUUACUCAAAUGAAUUUACAAAACAAGAUUGACGGUUUAAAUAAUGAGAAAUUGGGUUUAACUAAAGAAAUUGAGGCAAACAAGUUUACUCAUGCCAAUAAUGUGGAAACUAUUGAAAAUGUUGAUAAUAAACAAUAUUUGCCCAAAUUGAAUAAUAUUGAUUCUCAAAUUAAUGAUUUAUUAAAUCAAUUGACUUUAAUUAAACAAGAAAAUGCUAAUGAAAAGAUUCAAUUAAGUGAAUUGACACAAAAGUUAGAAAAAGAACGUAUGGAUCAUGAGGAAAAAUUGAAAUUAGAUGCUGAAGAAAGAAAACGUCAAGAAGAAAAUUUAUUAGGUAAACAACGUGAAGAAUUAGAACAAAAGGCAAAUGACUUACAAUUAAAUCAUGAAACCGAAAUGACCAAUUUGAAAACAAGUUAUGAACAACAAUUAGCUGAUUUUAAAUCGAAAUUGAUGGAACAACAAGAUAAAGUAGACGAUCUGAAAUUACAAAAAUCAAGAUUAGAAGGUUCAAAAGCCAUUGAAGAUCAAGAUCGUCAAAAGCAAAGUGAUAAUGUCUUGAAAAAUGAAAUAUUAUCUAAACAACAUCAACAAGCUGAAGCUUAUAAUGCUGUUCAAUUAGCUCAAAAGAAGAAAAAUGCGUCACCCGUUGCUGAAGACUUAAUGAAAGAAUCUCAUAUACCUGCUCUUUCAAAAGCAAAGGAUGAUUCUUUAUUUGAAUAUGAAACUGAAGAAGAGAUUAUGUACGUUUGA